UGCUCUUCCGAGGCUCAUGCGCAGAUACCCCACGUUGGGAAAUGGCUGCGGAGCUGGAGCCUUUGAUGGCGGAGUGGGUGGAAGCUGAGAAAGCUGAAGACACUCGAGGGCAGGCCACAUCUCUGAAUACGAUGGAAGACUUGCUGGAGAUGGUGAAAAAGCUAUAUAAAGAGGGAAGCCUGGAACCCCAGAUUGAGGACCUGAUCCAUCGCAUUAAUGAGCUGCAGCAAGCAAAAAGAUCCAGUGAGGAGCUGGGAGAGGCUCAAGCACUUCAGGAAGCCAUGCAUCAGGAACUAGACUCCUUGAAUGAAGAGAAAGUACACCUAGAUGAGGUCCUGGGCAAAAAGCAAGAUGCUCUGUCAAUUCUCCAGAAGCAUCCCCAAGAGAAAGAAAGUGAGACUCCAUGCUUGGAUGCUAAACAACCAGAGGAGGGGCUGGAAGAUCUGGCAAGUCAACACAAGGACCUCUGGGAGUUCCAGGUCCUACAGCAGCGACUGGCCAAGGAGAUCAGCACAAUGGAGCACAGGAAAGAUCAGCUGCUGGUAGAAAGAACUCUGCUGCAAGCCAGGUUGGAGGAGGUGGAGCAGCGGGUGCAGGAGGCCAGAGAGGCCCAGGACAGCCCAGGGAACCAUGGGCUGAAGACAGAGCUGGAGGAAGUUGGGCGGCAGUCCCAGAGCAGCCCAGAAGCUCAGAAUGACAGGGGGGAGGCUGGCCGAGAGGAGCAGCAUCAUUUGGAGCCAUCGGGAGAGUUGCCAAAGACAGGAACGCCCUGCUAAGCCUCGAGGACCCACCAGUGCUCACAUUCCUUCAAGGACUACCAAGAAAUAAAGAUGAUUCCAAGAGUCUCCUGAGUCUGUGCAUAUCAAGUUGCGGGAAGUAAAGAGGAAGCCACGAGGUGGGGAGGUGUCCACAUAUCUCUGGGUAGAGCAUCAGCUGGACGUCACUCAUCAGCUGGACCACAGACUUGUACCAGAUGCUCAAUAAAUGUUCCUGA